UGUAGAUAAGGCCGCUUCAGUUCACUCCCUCUCCUCCUCUCCUCUCCUCUUGUUUAUGCUGACUCCUCCGUUUCUCUUGUCCUUCCCCUCUCUCUUUCUCCAAGGAAUGUCACUUGGCCUCACAUCAGUUUUGGUAGAGCCGCUUAUGUGGGCUGCCUCCCUCCACGCAAUUCUCGCCCCUCUUGCAAAAAGAGGCGGAAGCUAAGCAAGAAGCUUCAAGCUUUCCAUUGGGAUUCUGUGAGCUACCCUCCAAGAACCCAUUUUUAGCUUGUCCCUUCUCGGUUAGCUGUAAUUUAGCCUCUCUCAAUGGUUUUCAUCUUCCUGGAGUUUGGAACUUGAGUCAAACCAGCAAAUUUCCUCUCUGGGUUUGACUCGUCAGGCCGAAACUUCAAGAAUUUCGAACCCUGGGUCUCGCUGAGGAUGAUGUCGGUGACAUGCGGAAAUCUUGAUUUCGGACGGACCGUGCUGGACUUGGUUUCUUGCGGGUGCUCGUCGAAUGGUUCCUUUGACCGGUUCCCGGGCAGAAGGUAUGGGGUUAAGGCAAGUUUGAAGGCGGGUAAUUGGCGGGAUUUCGUCCGUAGGAGGUUGUAUUGCUUCCGCCGCGAAUCAGCCCCACGUCGGGUUUUUCCUACAAAGACUUCGGAGACUCUGUUCAAUGAGCCGGAGAUCACUCAAGUUCCUCUACCAGUAUUGGAUGUGAAGGAGUCAAAAAGAUCCGUAUCUCUAGCAAAUCUGUUUGAAGUUGUGGCAGAUGACCUUCAAACAUUGAAUCAGAAUCUUCGAUCUAUUGUUGGUGCAGACAACCCGGUUCUGAUGUCUGCAGCAGAGCAGAUUUUUGGAGCUGGUGGGAAAAGGAUGAGACCGGCCUUGGUCUUCCUUGCAUCAAGAGCUACUGCCGAGAUGAUGGGCUUGAAAGAACUCACAAGGGAGCACAGGCGUUUAGCAGAAAUUAUUGAAAUGAUCCAUACUGCAAGCCUCAUUCAUGAUGAUGUCUUAGAUGACAGUGAUAUGCGAAGAGGGAAGGAAACGGUUCACCAGCUCUACGGCACAAGAGUGGCAGUACUAGCGGGAGACUUUAUGUUUGCACAGUCAUCUUGGUACCUAGCAAACCUUGAGAAUCUCGAAGUCAUCAAACUUAUCAGUCAGGUUAUCAAGGACUUUGCGAGCGGAGAGAUAAAGCAGGCAUCAAGCCUGUUCGACUGCGACACUGAGCUCGAGGAUUACUUAAUCAAGAGCUACUACAAGACUGCUUCCUUAAUUGCAGCUAGCACGAAAGGGGCAGCAAUUUUCAGUGGAGUGGACAGCAAAACAAGUGAGCAGAUGCGUGAAUAUGGAAAAAAUUUGGGCCUAUCAUUCCAAGUCGUGGACGAUAUAUUGGACUUCACCCAGUCAGCAGAGCAGCUCGGGAAGCCCGCAGGGAGUGACCUUGCAAAGGGUAAUCUGACCGCACCCGUGAUUUUUGCCUUACAGAAGGAGCCAAAGCUCCGGGAUAUUAUCGAGUCCGAGUUCUGCGAGACUGGAUCUCUCGACGAAGCGAUACAGCUAGUGAAGAGCUGCGGGGGAAUCGAAAGGGCGCAAGAAUUAGCAAAAGAAAAGGCUGAUCUCGCAAUUCAGAGUCUCCAGUUCCUUCCCAAGAGCUCCUUCAGAGUAGCUUUGGAGGAUAUGGUGAUGUAUAAUCUCGAAAGGAUAGAUUAAUCUGCAAAAUGGUGCAUUUCCUGGGCAUUUGGUCACAGAAAAAACCAGUCCUCGAGAACAUCGAGCACCAGUAAACACGAGCUUUUCCUAUAGAUUAUCAAGCGCUUCAGAUUUAUUCGUCGAAACAAAUAAGUGGUCUGCAGUGCAAAGAUUAUUCUGCUAGUAAGUGGCUGUAUAUUUUUUAUAGUUAUGGAGCUAUGACUUGAGCUCCUAAUAGUUUUUAUUCGGUUAUUACGAUCAAACAGAGAGCUGACACUUGAAUAUUAAGACAUUUAAUGAGUACAUACUCCCAUUCUUUCGACUC